AUGGAUCAUACGCAACAUUCAAACCCUCUUUUGUUUGAGAGGCCUCCAUUCCCACCAUUGAUAAACCUUGAUGAAUUUGUUAAAUUAAAACGUGAUGGCACUGUUCCAGCAAUGUCAUCUAAUUCUUUUAUGAUUUAUCGCAAGUAUUAUAUUAAUAACCUCAAAUCACAAAAUGUAAAAGUUCCAACAAUGACAACAUUUUCACCUGUCAUUGCUAACUCUUGGAGAAACGAAUCUUUACAUGUAAAACAGUAUUAUGAGAGACUUGCAGAUUUAAUUAGGGUACGAUUUGAAGAAAAAUUCUCUAUUCCAGGAAUCAGAAAAAAAAGAGAUAUUCAAUUUGAAUCCGAAAACACCAAACUCGAAAAUGAAUAUAAAAAAAUUAUUUAUGAUCUCGAUACUGAAGUGGUUUUUCUAAAAACCUCAUCUAUGAUUAAAAAAGAAAACAUUAAAAAAAAAGAUAAAUUUGAAUAUGGGAAGCAAAUUUUUUUUAAUGAGUUUAAUGAUAAUAAUAAAUAUUCACUUAAAGAAUUUGAGAAAAAUAAUAACACAAUUUAUUACCCAGAUAGAUUUAUUCCAAUUGAACAAGAUAUCGAAAGACAAAAUGAUUACGCAAUUCAUUAUCCGGAAUAUUCAUUAAAUGAUAUUGAAUAUAAAAAGAAAUUGUAUUGGUAUCAUAUUAGUAAUCGCUACUAUUUUUUAAAAUUAAAUCACCAUACUUAA